AUGAACAAAAUAGCUUGCUUUAACGGAUCAAGGUUUUUUGGGUGUGAAGUGUUCCAACCGGGCUCACGAACAGAUGAUCCCGAUGCAUUGCUGUUCUUUGUUCCCUAUUUAGACAAGCUCCCUUUACCAAGGAACCGUACAAAUAUUUGGGGCAUCCUACACAAUGAAUCGCCUACGACUAAAGUAUUGUUCAUGUAUGAAGAGACUCUGAAUUUGUUCAACUUCUCGGCAACAGUUAGCAGAUACAGUGACGUGCCUUUACCAUUGAUGCCUUUGAGAGGAUUAGAAUAUGUAACAAGUGCACGAUACUUUGUAAGCACGUCAAUGAAAAAUUAUAUGCUUACUGAGUUUGCUCCCGUGAUGUACUUACAGUCGAAUUGUGAUACUUCCACUGAAAGAGAUGCGUAUGUAGAGGAGCUCAUGAAGUACAUCCAAAUAGAUUCCUAUGGUUAUUGCCUCAAUAACAAGGAGUUAUCUUGGAUUAAACGUGGAACUUCGUAUGAUAUUUAUGAUGACAAGCUGAUGAAUUUCAUAGCAAAGUAUAAGUUUGUAGUGGCUAUUGAGAAUGGAGUCUGCAAUGAUUACAUUUCGGAGAAGUUAUGGCGUGCGAUAGAAGUGGGCGUGGUGCCGAUCUACUACGGCUCACCGCUGAUCAGGGACUGGCUGCCGAACAACAAGUCAGCCAUACUGCUGGAAGACUAUCCUACCCCGAAACUGCUCAGCCAACAUCUGCACUACCUUCUGCAAAACGACACAGCUUACGAAGAAUAUCUCGAGCACAAAACUAAGAAACUCAUUUCCAACGAGAAGCUAAUCGAAGAAUUAACAGCCAGACCAUAUCAAACUGACUUUGAAGCAGCGACUAAUAAGUUCGAAUGUUUUAUUUGCGAGAAGCUUCACACCAAAGACAGUAAUAGUGUCAAUAUAGUUACAAAGAAACACUACAACUGUCCUUUACCCUCUUCAGCAUUGACACUUGCUGUCAAUCCAGCAAAUGAUUGGCUGCAACGCCUUGACGAAGCUAAAGCGGUUAUCGAUGAACUUUAUGAAGACAUCAGAAAGGCCUAUGUCAACACAGUUGACCAAAAGCGCUUCGCGAUAAACCUGCAAAUCGGUCCGGAAACGGACCCUCGGGACGACAUAGCCCUCCACGUUAAUUUUAACUUCGCAGAAAUGCAUGUGAUCCGCAACUCUCUUGAAGGGGGAGAGUGGGGUAUGUGUGAAAGCUACGGAGGCAUGCCUUUAGAACAAGGAGCCCCCUUCGACAUAACGAUAGUGUGCGAGAUUGAAUGCUUCAGAGUGGAGUGCAACGGUUACCAUUUCUGCGAUUUCGUGCACCGAGUGCCGGGGCUUAUCGGCUACAUAGCGAUAGACGGCGACGUGGUGAUUCACAUGUUUGGCGUAGACAACUUGGACCACCCCGCCUCCGGUGCCACUACCGAUCCGGCGGGCUAUCCGGUGUGUCCAAACAUCGAGCGGCAAUCGAGCGCGGCUGCCGCGCGCGGCCCGCCGCGCUCUGUUUAG